AUGUUAUUUUUUUAUAGCCCCAUUUUUAUGACUAAAAGUUUAACGAAUUCUAAAACUUUAAAUUUAAUGUCAAGUGUACAAUCACCAGUUAUAAAUACAAAAAAAAUAUAUCUUGAUGCACAAGCGACCAAGCCUUUAGACCCGCGUGUGCUUGAUGCAAUGCUUCCAUACUAUACAUCCAUUUUUGGAAAUCCACAUUCUCGCACGCAUACGUUUGGAUGGAAUGCAGAAAAAGGCGUAGAAAUGGCUCGAAAGCAAGUAGCAGAUUUACUGAAUGCCAAUGAAAAAGAAAUUAUUUUUACUAGCGGUGCUACUGAGAGUAACAACCUUGCACUAAAGGGUGUCUUUGCAUUUUUAAAAAAAGACAAUAGGCCUGUUCAUAUCAUUACCACACAAAUUGAACAUAAAUGUGUAUUGGACACAUGUAGAAGAUUAGAAGAAGAAGGAGCUACAGUGACUUAUUUGCCUGUAGAUAAAAAUGGAAUAGUAGAUCCGCAAUUAAUAAAAAACAGUAUUACUAAAGAUACCGCUUUGGUGUCUGUUAUGGCUGUUAACAACGAAAUGGGAGCAAUACAACCGCUUAAAGAAAUAGGAAGAAUAUGUAAAGAAAAUAAUAUUUUAUUUCACACUGAUGCAGCACAAGCAGUUGGUAAUAUAGAUAUUGAUGUCAAUGAUAUGAAUAUUGAUUUACUAAGUUUAUCAGGUCAUAAAAUUUAUGGUCCAAAAGGUGUUGGUGCCUUAUACGUCAGAAGAAGGCCUAGGGUGAGAAUGUUACCACUUUUUAAUGGUGGUGGACAAGAAAGAGGAUUAAGAAGUGGGACAACUUCUCCACCUUUAGUUGUUGGAUUAGGCAAAGCUGCUGAGAUAUGCUCUCAGGAGAUGCGUAAGGACUAUGAAUAUAUACAAAAAUUAUCGGAUAAACUAAAAAAUCGCAUCAAAACGAAUGUAGAAAAUGUUGUUAUUAACGGCGAUGAUUCUAAGACUUUUCCUGGCUGUCUCAAUAUUUCUUUUCCAUAUGUAGAAGGUGAAGGGCUUAUGAUGAAUAUUAAGGAUAUUGCUGUUAGUAGUGGAAGUGCUUGCACUUCAUCAUCUUUAGAACCCUCUUAUGUUUUGCGAGCUUUAGGCAAAAAUGAUGAUCUUGCGCAUUCUUCUAUAAGAUUUGGAAUAAAUAAGUUUACAACUGAAGAAGAAAUCAAUAAAGUAUCUAGUGAUACAAUUAAAGCUGUUAAUAAGUUAAGAGAUAUGUCUCCUUUACAUGAAAUGGUCAAAGAAGGGAUAGAUUUAGAUAAAAUUAAUUGGUCUGCUUAA